GUUAACAUUUGCUUCUGCGCAAUUUGUGCGCAGCUGUGAUCCGCCUCAAAAUUGGGCUGAUGACACCCGGAAGUGUCAUGGCGUCGCCCGGUGCGUAAAGCCUCGACUGCAACUCACUAUUUGUCGUGACUUCUUGACAAAUGUGAUGAGGUUUUGUCCCGUCGGGAUAUCUCCGCCCCGUUCACUCUAUUAAAGAUGGCCGAUUCAGGCGCAGGUGAUCCCAGCGGUCAUCGCGUGCCAGCCCCCGGAGGGGGCGGCAGGGGCCUACUGAUGGGGCGCCGAACACCGGCUACCGUGGCUGCGGGUCGCCUUCCCGCAAUGCGGGCUCGAGAUCUCACCCUGGGGGGAGUGAAAAAGAAAACAUUUACACCCAACAUUAUUAGCCGCAAAGUUAGAGAAGACGCCAAAGAUGAAGGUGGGCCGAGGAGGGAGCGCAGGGAUGCCACCCGAGGCAGAGGCCCCAGAGAGAGGGGGCGGGGCCGGGGCCGCCCGGAGAUCAUCCAGUCCCACUCGAUUUUUGAGCAGGGGCCGGCAGAAAUGGCCAUCCGGAAAAAAAGUUAUGAAAGUGAACGAGAUGCCCCCAGCGUCGGGCCGUCCCCCAUCAUCAAUAUCAAAAAGGAGAAGAGAGAAACCGAGGAAGAGACCAAAGAAAUCCUUCGCAAGCUGGAACAUGAUGGCUUCAUAGACGACCCAUUCCUGAGGGGCGAACAGCGAAGCUGCCCGGUUCAACUUCCUCUUGCCGUGUCAGGAUGGGGUUUCAAGGAGGAAUUCAGUGCGCCUGCUGUUAAAAUUGAGAAAAUGGAAGAUGAUGAGCUCAUGGAACCUGCAGUACAAAUAAAGGAGGAGCAGGACAGAGUGGACGCAAAGAAGUCCGAGGCUGCUUUCAAGCCGCCUCCGCUGCCCGAGCCGGACGUUCUGCCGGAUCUUCUUCACAAGUGGAGUCUGAGCAAAGGGGAGGAGCUGUUCUUCAUGCAGCUGCCCGACACGCUGCCCGGCCAGCCGCCCACCAGGGAGUACAAGCCCAUAAAAACCGAGGUGCAGUCCGAGGACGGCCAGUCUGUCCUCCUGAAAACGGAGUCUCAGGAGGAGAAAACGGAAGAGAACAGCUGUAAUUUGAAAGAUCUGCGCGAGGGUCUCAUGGGAAAGAUGCUGGUCCGGAAAUCCGGCCGCGUGCAGCUCAUAAUGGGGCAGGUGACCCUGGAUGUGUCCCUCGGGGCGUCGUGCUCUUUCCUUCAGGAACUGGUUUCUGUUGACACUGAGGGACGAACGGGUGACUUGACAGUUUUGGGCAAAGUCAAACACAAAAUGGUUUGCUCGCCAGACUUUGAAUCUUUGCUGGAGAGCAGGUGAUGAUGUUUAGUGCGCCUUUUUUUUUUUUUUGUUUUGUUUUUUUGUUUCUGGUUUACUCUGCUGUGUGCUGAAACGCUAAACUAUAAAACUUGAAACAAGACCAAACGUUUGUUGCCUAAAGGCCAAUUGAUUCGGUCAUGUGCCAUAUUUCACGCUCACAUUCUAAAUCUAAACAAAUAUU